CAUUGUGUCGAGCACACACACUGUGUGGAUGAGAGUUCUCAGCGUCUCCGUGCCAUGGCUCACCUUCUAGAUGGAUGGAAGGCAAGGAACACAAGGGGUUCUUACCCUCCUUUUCAGCGCCCGACAAAUCGCGAAGACUUCAGUAUGCCUGUCAGGCAAAGCGAGUCAUCGCCGUCAGCGGUAGAGAAACUGGAGAAGAUGGCUCAGGAGCUCCAGUCGCCAUCGGCGUUACAAAAGCGCAGUCGCAUGGAAGCAAGCGAGAAGGACCAACCAGUUCCUGGCGGUGCAGAAGAUCGGAUCCGCAAGAUGAACCGUGACUUGGAGGAGAAAUGGGGGCUCACGGACACCUCCUCUUCAAGACCCGCGGAGACACCGCAGCCAAGCCUCACGAAGACGGUGUCACCAAAGGCCUUCCAGGCUGAGGCAAGACGAUAUGAUGAUUCUUCUUGGGCUGCAAAGGAGCGCAGGGCAAUGUUUCAGGCAUCUAUGGGACUGGGACCGACACUGCUUGAAAGCGGCGGACACAUGUUUCAGGACCCAGUGAAGACCAAGACCUCACCUUUGACGGCUCGAUCGCCCUUUGGAAGCCCGCUGCGGGAGGGUUCGAAUUUGUCGAGGAUGAGUCCGAAGGACCCAGUGAAGACCGAGACCUCACCUUUGACGGCUCGAUCGCCCUUUGGAAGCCCGCUGCGGGAGGACUUGAAGGGACAAGGCCCUACGCCUACACGCAGUGACUACAGCUUGGAGGAUCUGGCACCACUCUCAAGGUUGAAGCCCGGCCUUCGACCUGAUGUAUCGCAUCCACGAAAAUCUGAAAUUGAUCCUGGCUUCGAUACAGAGGUAGCAAGUCACAAGAACAUUUCAAUAUUGAUGAUCGUGCCAAAAUCAGUUAGUUUGCAUCACAAACCAACUGUGGAGAUCAUCGAUGUUGGAAAAACAAUUUUGCCAAAGGGGGUGGUACCUGCAAGCCCUUUCAUACAACUCAAACCAGAGGGAGUGACUUUUCCAAAGCCAGUGCGCUUGCUGGUGCCGGUGUGCUACGGUGCAAAUGCCGCUUGGCGGUCAACGCCUGAUGGCAGCUGGGAGGAAGUGCCAGCACAAUUUCGCGGAGGAUACAUGGAAGUCUACUUGACUCAUUUUUGCCAGCUUUGUGCCAGCAAAGUUGUAUCAGCGCUUUCCAUCAAAGCCGUCGCGUUUUUGAAGCCUGGUUCACCUCCAGAGGCCACACUUGCAUUCCUCGAAGUGAAUUGCCAACAGUGUGAAGACCAGCUGGCACAAUUGGUGCCAGGUUUGGUGAGAUGUCUAAGCGAGGAAGCGGUUGACCUUUUUUCUCCUGAGAGGGAUCUUCACAUUUUGCAACAAGGACAAGUGAUUGAAACUUUGCGCUUGGACGGCAACAGUGGAGUGCAGAUCUCAAGUUGGAUUCCAUCAAGCGCUGACAGGAUGGACAUCGAGAUGGAGGUUGUGGACACAAAAACAUGCCGCCGUCGGAUCUACACUUUUGAGUUUCCAGCCGAGGCGACGCCAGAUCCGCCACCUCCACCUCCACCGCCUCUACCUCCACUUCCUGUGCCUCCACCUGUACCCAUAAUCCAGAAUCCAGUUCCACCUCCAGUGACACAAGUGCUUCCGCCACCAUCACCUCCACCAUCACCCCCACGCUAUCCAGAACCUCCAAGGCGCCACUUGAUGCUCUCGGGGAGGUUCAAUACUCCAGAGCGGCUCGAGUACAUCAAGGACGUCAAAGAUGAGCUCGCGAGCCGAGGUAUCGAGACUUUCAUGGUGGAAGAACCCGCUGGCGGAAGGUUCGGCCAGGCAACGAUGGAAGGGGUGGUGAAGAUGAAGGUGAUGGUGGCUUUUUGUGUGGACGAUUAUGGAGCAAAGACCGGAGCAAUGUAUGAAACAUAUUGGGAACUUUUGUAUGCGUGGGAAAACCAAGUGCCAAUCAUUCCAGUGAAACUUUAUGAGGGGGAUUGGCCCCCGAUGCCUCCUGAUGAAGCAGGCCGAAUUCAAAACAAAUAUGUUUUCUCGAAAAGCCUCAUCUACAUUGAUGGCCAUGAGAAGACAAGACAAGAAGUCGCCGAGCAAAUAGCCAAAGCAUUGGAACGCCUGAGAAUAUGAUUCACCAAGUAAGGUUGAUGAGCCCUGCCAGUUGCAUUGAAGACAAUAUUUGUCGUCCAGUCCAGAGUCCCGGCAAAAUGGUUGCAAUCUCUUGACCUAUGCCUCUAACUUUGCCAACGGAGAGUUGUCAGAAGAGAGCUUUCAGAGCAACAAAGACGUUGUUCCAAUAACUGUGACAUGGAGUCGCCCAGCAUCUUCGCUUGAAGUUGUGAUGGAAAUGCCUUGAAACACGCUACAGAGGAGCGUGGACGAAAGAAAGGGUUCAUCCCAGAGCUUGCUGCCCAGGAGGAAGGAAGUCAACCCAACCGAUGGGAUUGUUAAGCUGCUUCUCAGUUGCAAGCGACCGGCCGUUACCUGUUAGUCCACCAACGAGCCAAAAUGGGCUUGGAUUUGCCGGGCUUGGACUCCAAGCAAAAAAGUGGCACAGUCAAGCGCCAUGCUCAGGAGAUCACGGAUUGAACAUCAAGAGGGUCCCGCGUAGCACAAAGGCUCAUGUUGUCAUAGGUUCCAAAUGGUGCAGAAACAUCAGGGCUCUCAGAAAUACAACAACAAAGACGUUCCUGCUGGUUGAUUGCACAAUUCCUCAAACAGACAGGACCGAUAGCUUUGGCUUCAGUUUCUUUGCUUGAAGAGCUUUGUUUCUUCGAGGUGUUGAGUCGGCGCUUGGUCAAGUUCCAACGCAUGAUGCCUCAACCGAGGAACUUCUUUAGUUACAGAGGACCUGCAGAACAGGUUGCUGCAAGAAUUCUCACAACCGGUGUGUGGACUGUGGACUAUCCGGCACAUUGUGCCAGCAGGCUACGUCUUGGAAUCCUUUGCCUGUGGGAGCACCGCACAUUGGACGCUUUCCACUUUCCUGCCUUCGUUUGCUUAGUAGCUUGCCACCUUGCUUGUGCCUAGCACCACUUACAUCCGUGCUCUCUCCCUCUCUCUCUCUGUUUGACUUCGUGUUUGUGAAAUCUAGCGAACAUAGCUUCGCGUGUUCCUGGAAACAUGGAAAGCUGGCUCCACCUUUGCCGUGGAUUGGAAACUACCGUAGAACGUGAUGAUAUGUGUUUCACUUGGACGUUCUGACAUGGCCUUUGCAGCACAAAGAAUGACUGCCGGCCAGUGUGAAUCUGCUCCCUUCAAAACAUAUUGGAAUGCAUUGAGGGAGCUGCCCAGAAGGAUUUCAAUGCACCGUUUGGCUCAAAGACCCUAUUUCACCAAAGCAC